AUGGCCGGGGCAAGCGCGCAGCCGGCGUGGGCGCAGGCGCUCGCGGCGGUGGGCCUCCUCGUCGCGUCGCGCGCCGCGACGCGCCUUGCGCUGUGGCUCUACGCGGCGUUCCUCCGCCCCGCCAAGCCGCUGCGCCGCCGCUACGGCGCAUGGGCCGUCGUCACGGGCGCCACGGACGGCAUCGGCCGCGCGCUGGCCUUCGAACUCGCCGCCGCCGGGCUCGGCCUCGUCCUCGUCGGCCGCAGCCCCGACAAGCUCGCCACGGUCUCCAAGGAGGUCAGCGCUAGGUUCCCCGGCGCCGAGGUGCGCACCUUCGUCAUCGACUUCGCCGCCGACGGGCUCGCCGCCAGCGUGGCCGCGCUGGCGGAGUCCAUCCGGGGGCUCGACGUCGGCGUGCUCGUCAACAACGCGGGUCACGGCUACCCGUACGCGCGCUACUUCCACGAGGUGGACGAGGAGCUCAGGAGGAACCUCAUACGCCUCAACGUGGAGGCCGUCACCCGGAUGACGCACGCCGUGCUCCCUGGGAUGGUGGAGCGCAAGCGCGGCGCCGUGGUGAACAUCGGGUCCGGCGCCGCCUCCAUCAUGCCGUCCACCCCGCUCUACACCGUCUACGCCGCCACCAAGGCGUAUGCUGAUCAAUUCUCCCGAAGCCUAUAUGUGGAGUACAAGAACAAAGGCAUCGAUGUGCAAUGCCAGGUACCCAUGUACGUGGCGACCAAGAUGGCCUCGAUCAGGCAGGCGUCCCUGUUCGCCCCGUCGCCGGAGACGUACGCCCGCGCCGCCGUGCGCUACAUUGGGUACGAGCCUCGGUGCGCGCCCUACUGGCCGCACGCCCUCCUGUGGUUCCUCUUCUCCGUGGUGCCCGAGCCCCUCGUCGAUGGGUACGUCCUCGGCAUGUCCCUCGGUAUCCGCAAAAUGGGCCGUGCCAAGGAGGCCAGGAAGAAAGCGGUGUGACACGCGCGGUGGAAGAAAGGGCACGUACGGUCGUAAAGAUGGACUCAGAUGAAUGUGUUAAUUCUACAAUCUUCAUGACCAAUUGUAACACGACGAACGACUGAAUGCAGCCUCCCUUCCCCUUCCAAACAGUUUUAUCUGUAUUAAGACUUAAUUUGUGAUAUUUAUCCAUGUCUCACCAACGGGCCAAAAUCGUUCGAAGAUCAUGAAACUGAA